AUGGACACCUUCUUCCAGACACUUCCAAGCGAAGGAGUUCCUGAAGAUGAUAUGGAAGAAGGGUCUGGAGAUGGUGAUGAACUUUUAGGAGCACCAACUGGCAUAAGCGGGGAGUUUAAUUCGGUCAUAUUCAAUGACAAUAGUGGAGGAAGUGGAGGCAACACUAGGAUGAGACAAGAAACCAUUCGUGGGGGUAGAAUUACAGAUGGCAAUCGACCUAGUAGCUCAUUAGGGGUUAGAAAAAAAGGUGAAUCCAUGAAGAAGAAACCCACUACCACUAUGAAAAUAGCAGAUACACUAAGCAGGAUAGCUCAAGCAAAUGAAAAUGAUUCUCAGCGUGAACAUGAAGAGAUUUCAGAAGCACGUGCUAGGAAGCUAGAAGAAGCACGUGCUUAUGAGACGUCAAUUGCGGGAGUCAUGGAGCACCUUAAUGAAGUUGAUGAAGUUACUGAUGAUCCUGAUCUGUUUAGCCGGUGCACAACACUCCUCAUGGACAAGCCAGCUACAAGGGAGAUGUAUGUGGCUUUGAAGAACAAGAGGUAA